AUUUUUCUUCUCCCCUCCAGCUGCUUUCUCUGUGCACUCCGCACUCCCAGCUCCUCCGCCGCCCCGAAACCCUCGACCGCCGCGGCGCUCCCAGCCAGCCAUGGACUCGGCGGCGUCGCUCCUCGAGGCGUACCGCCGCGACCGGCGCCGCCUCCUGGGCUUCCUCCUCUCCGCCGGCGCCGUCGACCUCUCCCGCGUCGAUCUCGACGCCGUCAGCGCCGACUACGCCCUCGACUGCGUCGCCUCCGGCGCGCAGUUUGACGCCUCGGAGGCCACCAGGAGGUACUUCCACGACAGGAGGUACCCGAUCAUGACAAACUCGCCAUCAAGGAACUCAUAUUUUCUUCUUUCAAGGCCAGAAGCCUCUGGUUCCCCUCCAAAGAAAGUAGCACCAGACAUUGGACUUGUACCACCUUCAGAAGAGAAAUCAAGUAGAACAAGAAAACAUAGCGAUUCUUCUAGAGUAGCAACUGACCUUCCGGGAGCAUCCAAUGGUACGCAGGAUGUUAGUUUGGCAGAUAUGUCUCCUCCGCAAGCAAAGGAAAUGGAUAUUCUAUCUCUAGGUUUACCUAGAUUAAGCACAGAAUUGUCUGAUGAUGAUCUAAGAGAAACAGCUUAUGAGGUUCUUCUCGCUUCUCUAUUUGUCAGUGGAAAAAUGAACUUCUCUGAAGAGAAGAGAGAGAAGAAGCCUAAAUUCUUGAAGGGUUUAAGAUCGAAGACUGAGAGGUCUAAUGCAGCACCUCAGAUGGAAAAUUAUUAUACCCACCAUCUUGAUUUGGUCCGAGUACAAAUGGAAAUAUCAGAAUCUAUGGAUAUAUUGUCCAAGAGAGCUUUAAGACAUAUUGGUUCAAAGAUGGUGCAGGGACAGCUUGACGUGCCUAACAUAUCAUUACAGCUCUUAAGUUCUGUUGGCAAAUUUGAUUUCCCAACAGAAAGACUGCGUGUACAUUGGCAGAGAAGACAGGCAAAUGUUCUAGAAGAAUUACUUUUGUUCUCAGCAUCUCUUGAGUAUAGUAUGAGUGAAACAUUGCGGAUAGUUCUCUCCAAGUUAAAAAAUACAGAGGACUGGGUUGUGAGUGUUCCUGAUGGGCGUAUUGAGGUCUUGACUAUCAUUGAAAGAUACAACACAAGGCUAUCUGCAGCUCCAAAGAAGUUUGGCCUUGAAGGCGAGACCUACCAUUGGACUCGGAGCUACCAUUUUAAUUCUAGGCUAUAUGAGAAACUUCUCUGCAGUGUGUUUGAUAUUCUUGAAGAUGGACAACUUGUAGAGGAGGCUGAUGAAAUACUUGAAACAGUGAAGCUGACCUGGCCUAUAUUGGGCAUCACCCAAAAGUUGCAUGACGUCCUGUAUGCUUGGGUGCUUUUCCAGAAGUUUGCUCAAACCGGGGAAAUUCUUCUACUAAAACAGACAGACCUUCAGAUACAGAAACUUCAGUUACAUAAUGAUGUUAGAGAAACAGAGAUGUAUAUAAACAGCUUUGUUUGUUCUGUUGAAAGUUGUGGCAGCAAUCGGGCUCUAAAUUUGGUGGACAGUGCCAUUCUUAAAAUAAACAUGUGUUGCCGCAGACAACUGGAGAGUUAUCACUUAUACUUCAGUCAGGCUAACUAUUCAAUCUUUGAGAGCAUGCUGAACUUGCUAUUACUUUCUGCGGCAAUACUUACUGAUGAUGAUGAAGAAACCAUGCUUAUUGAGACCCCGCUUGGCAGUACACCAGAAUCUACGCUGGUCCAUAAAAUUGUUGUCAGAUCUAUACAAACUGCAUAUAAGCAUGUCCUAAUUUCAGCACAUGGACAAUCAAAAGCAGAAUCUAAGCAUCCAUUGAUAUUGCUUGCAAGUGAGCUAAAGCUACUAGUGGAGAAAGAAUGCGCUACAUUCAGCCUAAUACUUCAGAAAUAUUAUCCUGAAGCUGGAAAAGUAGCACUAGUUGUCUUUCACCUACUGUAUGGCCAACAACUGGAGCUGUUUUUGGAAAGAACGGAUGAUUCAGAAAAUCUGAAAGAGAUACUGGGAGCAUCAAAUAAUUUUGAGCUCUGUAUAGCUCAGAAGCUUUACUCAAUGUGCGGGGAAGCUGUUGGGUCUUCAUUGUCUAACUUUCUAAAACCAUACAUGAUCAAUCGUUUUUCUUCACCCAUCAUUCUUCAGUGGCUGCAUGCUCAACAUGAGAAUGUUUUGGAGUGGACAAAACGUACCAUUGAGAUUGAGGAUUGGGUGCCUCUAUCAGCUCACCGGAAACUAGCAACAUCUAUGGUUGAAGUCUUCCGGAUUGUGGAGGAGACCAUUGAUCAGUUCUUUAACUCGAGACUGCCUUUGGAUAUUGUGCACCUGCGGAGUCUACUUAUAGGAAUCACUAGCAGCCUUCAAGUCUAUUUGCUUCACAUGGAAAACCAACAAGUUUCUAGAGCUACCCUGCUUCCUACUGCGCCAGUCUUGACACGUUAUGCAGAAUCAAUUAAUCCAUUUGCGAAAAGAAAACUUAUUGAGCCCGCAGUUCGUGAAGAAAAGGUGGUCAAUAAAUUGAACAAUUUAACGGUUCCAAAAUUAUGUGUGAAACUCAACACCCUUCAGUAUAUUAGGGAUCAACUUGAUACCAUAGAAGAGGGGAUCAAACAAUCCUGGGUCGAUGUCCAGUCAGCUGUGGGAUUGCUAGACUAUUUGUCUUAUACGGCUAGCGAUGGAGUUACCUCGAAAGAUUCACCAUCUGAUGAAUCGAUUGAUGAGUUAUUUACAAUAUUCGAUGAUGUGCGAUGCUCUGCGGUAAAUACAACUGACACAAUCCUGAACUUCAUUGGAACAAGGGCUGUACUCUGGGAUAUGAGGGACUCACUUCUUUUCUCCUUAUACCGAACUAGCGUUGAAAGUGCACGCAUGGAGAUUUUUAUCCCUACAAUAGAACAAGUUCUUGAUCAAGUGUGUGAUCUAAUUGUUGACGUGUUAAGAGAUGGAGUUGUGCUGAGAGUUUUUCAAGCAUGCAUGGAGGGAUUCAUUUGGGUCCUACUGGAUGGAGGUCCAUCACGCGCAUUUUUGGAAACAGAUGUGGACUUGAUGAAAGCUGAUCUGGCUAUGCUCAAGGAUCUCUUUAUAGCAGAAGGCCAAGGUUUGCUAUCAGAUGUAGUUGAGAAGGAGGCUAAACUAGCUGAGCCGAUUUUAGACCUCUAUGUGCUAAAGGCUGAUACAGUCAUUGAUUUGCUGAUGAAAGCAAGUGAACAUAUGCCACACCAUCUUGAACCUAUAACUGCUCGAAGAAGGCAUGCACAUGAUGUCCAUACCCUUCUUCGAGUUUUGUGCCAUAAGAAGGAUAAUAGUGCCUCCACAUUUUUAAGAAUCCAGUAUCAUCUUCCAAGGUCUUCAGAUUAUGACGACGCUCCUGUGAAGGAUGCACCUAAAGUACCUUUAUUUUCUGACAUGCUGAAUAGGGGCUCUUCAUUCAAUUGGUCGGAGACUGGGCAGCAGAGUUAUAAGAUUAUGAAGAAGAAACUACAAGCGGCUAGUUGGCAGUAAGACGUGUCUUGGUUAGAAAGUUCUGCUGGGUUUGCACAUGUCCUUUGCUAGAAAAUUCUGGUGGGUUUGCACAUAUCCUUCGCAUAUCUAUGCGAUAGGUAUGUAAUAUGAAAAUCUGAAGUUGGGUAGCUCAUGGAUACAUGCAAACGAAGGUGAGAAGGAAGGCAGCAUCAUUCGCAAAAAAAAAAAAAAAGAGAAGGAAGGCAGCAUAUGCUGUAAGGCGUCUUUUUAUGCAUAAUGGAUUAAUGGCAUCACAAGUGUCAACCGGCUACUACCUCAUUUGAUGUCACUUUACAUUAAGCAAGAAGCGAGGAAGAAACAAAUAAGCUUUAAUUGGUGAUUUGUGAAGGAGACCAACUGAACUUUUACCUGAGAUCAUCAUGUUCCAGCUAAAAGAGAAGCAUUACAGGAUUUUCUUAUGGAAAUAUUUUCCUCUGCUUGGUCUUUCCCAGUGCAACAUCCAGUGAACAGCCUAGCAGCCACCUGUGGGAAUAUAAUUUUGCCAACCCAGGGAAAUUAUCUUCGCUGCAGAUCAUUACGAGCGGAGAUCUGUAGCAUCGAAGAUGCUAAUACAUUCUCAGAAAGAUUACCAGGUAAUCGGUCCACGAGCAUUUCUGAUACUCUCUUCAUAGAACUUGAGUUUUCACUCACAAGCUGCCACAUUAUGUUCUCCCUCGUCCAUGACUAAACAGGAAUCGACAAUAGGCUUGGUGGUCUAAAGAUGCCGAAAAGAAAGGCCUGAUCAAAACUUUCCCAGGCCUGAUUCCCUCAAAACCGAGCUUCUAUAUAUUGUAUUCCCGAAAAUGGUUGAUUUACAGAUAUCAGCCAGUAUACCGAAUAUAAACAUGAUAGUGAAAUUUACUUACAGAAAGUACUGAAAAAAAUAUUUAUAAAUUUUCUUUUCGUACAUUAAUAGCAAAAUAGCAAAGCAGUGAACAAUCCGAUGUAAAUUAUAUCGAAGUGGAUCCGAUAUAACUGAGAUCAGCCACUGGAACGCUUGAUCAAAACCUUCUAUAACGCAUCGUGGUCGGUGUAACAGUGUUCUCUGAACUUUUGGGUUGAUUUU